GAGGAAGAGGAAGAGGAAGGGGAAGGGGAAGGGCAGAGGGCACAGAGUACAGAGGGGUCCCGAGGAGCGGGGACAAACUGAGGUGGGGAGGGAGCCAAAAAGCGGGGGCGGCGAAGGGAAGGACGACGCAGCCAAGCGCCGGCAGCGGUGUGUCCGUGGGGAGGGUGCGGGAAGCAGCAGUGCCACGAAUCGCCAGUGCUGUACCAAAAGCUGCUAAUUCCUGCUAAUUGGCCCCUGCUGUUAAUUGCACUGCCCCCGCCCAGAGGCUGCUCUGCACAGCUCCCGGGCCUCACUGACACCCCGCCCUGGGCUCACGGGCUUUCCGCUGCCGCUGUGCCCGGCCCCGCAGCCCGGCCCGUGUGUGCUGAGCCCCAGAGCGCCGUGCGAACCGAGCCCGCAGCACCGCGGGGCGGGGAGCAGAGGGAGCACCCGCGAGGUGGCACCAGGAGAACGGGGCUGGCAGCGGAGCUGAGACAGCCACCGUCGAUUAAAUGGGAUCGGUGUGAUGAACUGAACCUCCGCGUCUUGCUUCCUCUAGCGCUGAGGGAAAUCCUCGCAGGAUGCUGGAAAAGGGGCGCAGCAGGAUGGGUGGAUUGUCUGGAGCAGGGCUCUUGGGGAGGGUUUCCUGCCGUCCUCCUGCUCUUUGGCUCUUCCCCUUGUCCCACAGCAGCCAAGGGUUAAAGGAGUCACCAGCAGCAGCACUCACCAGGGCACAGCUGUGCCCAUGGCUGUGGUUUUCUGUGCUGGGAUAGUGACAGAAACUGCCUGGUGCUGUCAGAACUGCUGCACAUCGGCCAAGUCCGGAGGAGGCCAAGACGAGCAGAGGGAUGGAGCACCUCGCCCAUGUGGGAAGGCUGGGGGAAUUAGGAUUGUUCGCUUUGGAGAAAAGAACUUCCAGGAUUACCUAAUUGCAGCUUUUCAGUACCUUUCUUGUCAGGGAGCUGACUGGAAAGAUGGAGAGAGACUAUUCACAAGGGCCUGGAGUGCCAGGACAAGGGGGAAUGGCUUCCCACUGCCAGAGGGCAGGGUUAGAUGGGAUAUUGGGAAGGAAUUCCUCCCUGUGAGGGUACUGAGACCCUGGCACAGGGUGCCCAGAGAAGCUGUGAUGUCCCGGGAUCCCUGGAAAUGUCCAAGGCCAGGUUGGAUGGGGCUUAGAGCAGCCUGGGACAGUGGAAUGUGUCCUUGCCCCUGGCAGGGGGGACACUGGGUGAGCUUUAAGAUCCCUUCCAGCACAAAGCAAUCUGGGAUUCUGAGAUUCUACAAAUUUCUAAUUCCUAGCUCAGAAGGCACAUCCAAACAGCUUUGUGAGAAACACUACCAACAAGAGGCUUCACAUCACAGCGAGUUUUAAGUUGUAAGUAAUUUUUCUGUCCCUCUUGUCCAGAGUCAGGACAACUUGAAGCACAGGGAGAAGCUCACAGGAGUAUCCCCAGUAUCUUCUGGGAUGUUUGGCUUCUGGCACAUGAGGAUUUUACUAGCAAUGACACAACUGCUCUUUUAUAUCUAUUUCCUGCUAUAAACAAUUCCAUACAACGCAUUUCACAGAAACACAUCUUCUUAUGCAAACAGGCUAAAAGCGGGAAAACAGCGUGAGUACAUAAACUGAUUGCAAAUGAUUAAUGAGACAGUAAUUAGGCUGAGGAGCAUUAAUGGGCUAUGAGCAAUUCAGAUAAGCACAAGGCACAUGCCAGCCAGGGAGCAUCACUCGUGACACCAGAGACAAAGCGGAACUGGAGUCAGGGCUUGGCUGAAAACUUUGUCAGUGGAGGACAAGAAGGAACUGUUUUUCCAGCAGGUAAUACUAAAGACACAGACAAGUCACCCCCACCCGCUGGUAGAACACUGAGCAGAUAGACAUGGAGCACAGCUUCAUCCCAACUAGUUUUAAAUUUUUUAUGUCAGAAGUGUAGUUGUCUCUCUUGGUGUCUGUUCCAACUUCAAACAUCUGCAGGGUGUUUUAAUAUUGUUCUAAUAAUUAGGAAUCAGGAAAUUUUAAGACAUUUCCAUUUUGGACAUGGGAACUGACAGAGCAAAUUUGAAGCUUCUAAACUAUUGCAAUAGUGGCAAAUCUCUUUUCUACUUUCCCGGGUCCUUUUAACAGCAUGAAUUUGCUGACAAAGAGUUGUGUGAAAUGCAAAAGAAAAUUCUCUUUAUAAAGAUAAAUGAGUCUUGCAGUAUGCCAGCCUACUUCCAGACAUUCCUGCACUUUGAUAUCAACUUCUGCAACUGAGAGAUACCCAGGCUCUAAAAAUUUGGGGUCAUCUAAAAGUCCAUCAAGCACCACCAAUGCCAUGUCAGCACAAACACAGCAGUGCUCAGGCCCUUUGAUGAAGUUUGCUUACAACAAACUCUCUAUUAGCAAAUAAGUUCUCACCUCAUCCCCCCCUCCAGCAAGUUCAUGAGCUUGGAGCCUUCCUGAACUCCUUACCCUCUUCAUCUGCAGUUGUUUCAUUUCUUUCUGCUGCUCCUCUCUGGGAGGGAGGUGCUGGGACAAGGGGGCACAGGCAGUGUGAGCAGUCAAGUGCACUUGAGGCUACCAGCGUGGCACUGUGUGUCUUCUGCUGGUAACACUGACCUCAUCUGGCUUUUUGGGAUUAGUGAUCCCUCCCUUCCUUCUUUCAUUCCUUCCUCCCAUGGGAUUCUUGCUGAGGAACCAUCUGUAUUUUACUCCUCAAAUAAAAAAGGCUGAAAUAAAUUAGAGACUGAGGUAUUUUGUUCAGGCAUUUUUUUCAGAUGAGAUGAAUAUGCACAAAACCACUUAGCAAGGGUAUUCCCCAGUGCAUGAGGUUGUUUGGUGAACACCACAGGAACGAAGAUGGUCCCACCAUCUCGGACACUGGUCUUGCUUUUAGUUUCCAGAUCUCUCUCAUGGACACUGAAAUACCUUGUGUGGGCCUCAGUCAGGCUUCAGCUUGUACUGGAAACCUCUGACGACUAAAACAAACAGGAUAAAAGAGUUAUCCUAGGAUGAAAAAAGAGCUAAUAACAACUGGACAUUCAACAGUCAAAUUAAUAAUUUUAAUCUCAUUCUUCACUUGGUGCUGUAGGGCAGUAUUUCUAAACCAACAGCAACUUCCCACCCACAGAGCUGAAAACUGGUGGUACUUAUGCUCUAAUCAAAGCUCUGCAUUCAGCACACCAAUGUUAGAAACAGAUAAUUCCCCCAAGUCUGUCACUGUCCAGCAAAGCCCUGUUUAGAGAACAAUGAAAUUGCUUUCAACUAAGAGAGUUCUAAUUUAAUAAUAAUGGUAGUGUCUGGCUGUCAGAGUGGUCUGUUAAUGCCAUGAAGUCUGCUUCCAGACAGGAAUUGCCCACUGAUACUAUCAGUCGUUGUAAACUGUCUUGGCUGGGAAGUCAAUCAUUAACUCUGGUCCCCAUGUCAUAAAAACAUCGUAUUAUAAGAGCACGGACUCACUUAAGGCUCUCACUAAUCAAUCAGGAAUACAGCAACACAUAAAAGGAGCCAGAGACUCGGGAAAUCCUUCAGCUACAGGGACACAAGCUGCACUGAGGUUUAUGUCCAUGGAGAAAUCCACUGACAAGCCAAACAAGGAAAACAGAUCGUCAGUUCCUGGAGUACUGCAGGCUGAGGCAGAUGGUCCCGUGCCCGUGGCGGGAGGUGCUGCAGAAAUGAGCAGAGCAGGAUCCGUACAAAAGUCAAAACACAAGAAGAGAGUGGUAUUCACUGAAGAGUGUACUGAAGAAAUGGAGAGACCUUCAGGAGCAGAGAGAGACAGUCCUGCUGCCUUUAAACCAGCAGUUUUGGAACAAGACUCUCCAAACCCAAGACCACUUGCUGUACUAACAAACACAAACUCUCCCGAAAUGAGCACGUUGGAGCUGAACCACCAGUGCUCAGACACAGCCACCCUGGAUGUGGACUGCAUGAUCUGCUUCAACAAGUACAGCAUCUACAGAGUCCCAAAGCUCCUGGACUGCCAGCACACCUUCUGCGCCGUCUGCCUCAAGCUGAUCCUCAGGAAAGAGGAGAACACCUGGAUAAUCACCUGCCCUCUUUGCAGAAAGCCCACCUUCGUGUCAGGAGGGCUCAUCCGCACGCUCCAGAAUAAAGAGGACAUCCUGGAGCGCUUGGAGAACCUUGAUUCAAACCCUGACGUGUACGUCUGUGCCAUGGGGCUGGACGGCAACAGCUGGACUCAGAGCAGCCAAGACAUUUUAAACACAGAGGAAAACAGCCCCGGACACACCGGCCUGGCUGUGCAGAGACUCGUGCUGCUCCUGCUGCUUGGGGUGAUCCUCGCCAUGCUCAUCCUCCCCUUUAUGUACUCAGGGAGGGUGAAAUGGGUAAUUUGUCUCCUGCUUGCUUUGGGGUUGCUCAUGUCUGUGGUGCUUUGCUGCACUCCUAAAUUCCACUGCAGGUGCAAGAAGGACUCUCCCAGCUCCUGUGACAAGGAGAUCCACGUUGUUACUGUUGCCUGAAACAAUCAAGCUGUGAGUCCCAGAGAUCAGGGACUGGGCCAACGUGCACGCUGGGCACACCAGUGAGUUAUGGACUUAAAAACAAUCUGUCAGAGAAUAAAUUCAACAGUUGGCUGAGCUGGCUCAAUGCCAAUGUACAGUGUUGUUGAAUCUCAUUAGUGCAAACAAAAUGAACUAUUUAUAUGUUGGUAUUUAUGUGUUUUCCACACAGUUUUUAUCCCAGACUAGUAAUUGUGAUGGUUUGUUUUGCUGUUUUGUUCAUGUCUGUGUCCCCUGAUCAGCCCUGCAGGGUGUUAACUGGAACAGCAGACAGGUGAUGUCCUGCAAAACCCCGCGGUUGCUGUUCCCACUCUCUGAACACACUGACACCUUUCCUUGGGACAGUGCGGGAAAUCAGGCUGCUAAAUCAGAGAGUGGGUGUUUGGAAGAGAGUCAUUUUAGCCCAGAUUAUCACCUUAAUCCCUGGAAGGGAUGGGAAAGGGACUGGGAAAAGGGAUGCCAGUUGAUGCCAUUUAAAGUUACACACAAAAUUGGAGAGAGGAGACAAACCCAACACUCCUAAUCUUGAGACUGUGGCUUGCAAAGGGCAAGGCUCAAAAACCUCAUGACCCUACAAAUUCCCCACUAUUUAGCACAGAAAUAGUUCCUCUCACCUGCAUUCCUUUAUCUGGCAACCUGCAGGACCUCUCUCCUUGCCCCCUUUACAUUGCCCUUGGAGAUGCUCACAGAGGUAAACAGAAAUCCACUGACUG